GGAGCAGGACACGCAGCAGAGGAGCAGGGAGAGCCACCGGUGUGAGGGCUCUGCCAGCUUGGUGUGGGAUGCCACGCCAGGGAUGCUCUUCCAGAAGGACAGGGAGAGCAGCCCUCACUCCCUGAACCUGUCCUGGGUGUUUGGCUACAACAGCAGCUUGGCUGUGCACAGCCUGAUGGACGGGGAGGACCGGGUGCUCCUGUACAUCUCCUCCCACACAGUGGUCAUCCACGACAUCCUGGGGAACAGGCAGUACCACCUGCAGGGCCACACAAAUACCAUUUCUUGCCUGUGUGUGAGUGAAGACAAGCGCUGGGUUGCAACUGCUGACCGAGGGCCAGAUGCUCUGAUCAUUUUAUGGGACUCCUUCUCUGGGGUACCUGUGCGCACCAUCUUCGAGAGCCACCCCGGGGACGGGGUCGGGGCCAUCGCCCUCUCCCACCACGCCAAGUGUCUGGUGACCAUCAGUGCUGGCACGCCGCAGAGAGUUUGUGUUUGGAAGUGGACUUUGCCCACAGAGAAACCCAUGUGCAGCACAGAGCUGAGGCCUGAGUUUGGGCACCAGGAUUAUGUCAUUUUUAACCCUAAAAAUCCCCAUGAGUUUGUCAGCAACAGCAAAACCCAAGUGAUAUUUUAUCAGUGGGACAAUGCCAGUUUGCAGUACUCAGCACCACCCCUGAGCAACCAGACCUUCAAGACUGUGGUGGGACACUUCAGCCAGUCAGUUUUUCACUUUAACAACUCCCAAGCUCUGACAGGCACCUCAGCAGGGAAACUGGUGGUGUGGGACGUGGCCAGUCCCUGCACCUUCUCUGAGGAGCUGCAGACCAAGCCAUGGAGCGUGACAGUCACCAAAGUGGUGCCCAUGCAGGAGGACAGCCUGACCGUGCUCCAGGUGUUGGAGAGCUGCAUAGUAACAGGUGAUGUGAAAGGGCAGGUUAAAUUCUACGAUGGGCAGCUGCGGCUCCUCACCUUCUACAGCCACAGCAAAGUGGGACCAAUUCGGUCCAUCUCCUUCUCCAAACCCCUUCGUGAUCCUCCUGGUGCCUCCCCUGCCUUCUCCAGCUGCCAGCCCUUCCUCACCAGGAACUUUAUCCUUUCAACCUCUGGUGCAACUGUGUUCCAUGUUGCAACAGACAGCACGAAGUUUGAAAGAGUGAUGGAAGAGGCGAAGGAAGCGGUGAAUGCGGUGGCCUGUCACCCACGGCAGGCCCUGGUGGCCGUGGGCAGUCACUGUGGGCUGCUGAAGGUGUGGGACUAUGAGCAGACCCAGUACCUCGUUAGCAGGAUAUUCCCCCAGGCUGGAAUCCGGUGCUUGUCCUAUGACCCUGCAGGUCAUUUUCUGGCCGCUGGUUUGACUGAUGGAAGCGUUUACAUCCUCGAUGCGAUUUCCCUUCUGUCCAGCUGCAGAGAGCUCCAGUUCUCGCAGGGUCCUGUGACUCACGUUAGCUUCUCUCACGACUCCAAGUACCUCGCCACUGCUGAUGAGAAAUACUCAGUGACUGUUUACAAGAGAGUCCUACAAAAUGGGAGCAGAUGCUGGGAGCACCUAGCAGGGCUGGACUCUCACUACAAACCCAUCAGGAGCAUCCUCUUUGGCAUCCAGUUAGAGAGCAACAAGCCCAGGCUCCUGAGCCUCGGGGAGGACAGGCAGCUGGUUGAAUAUGACCUGAACAGCAGCAGCAAGGACCACUUGGUGGUCUUGCACAGAGUCCGGGUAGAGCAGAUUGCUGUGCCCCUGUGCUUGGCCUGGUACCCACAGCUCAGCACUGAGUCCUUCAUCCUCACUGCCAACAACUGCUACAAACUGAAGCUCUACAGCACAGUGACCAAGAUGUGCAGAAAGACUCUUUUGGGACCAACCUAUGGCUCCCCAUUGGAGAAGAUACAAAUCCUCCCAAGAACAAGCCUUGCAGACCCCCAGAAACACUACCUGGUGUAUGUUACAAAGGACAAGGUGGGCUUGCAGAUAUUGCCUGCUGAUGGCAACCCCCACAAGUCCUCAGCCUUCAUUUGCCACCCAGAUGGUGUCUCUGACCUUGCCACCUCCUACAACGGCUGCUAUGUCUUUACAGCAGGGGGGAACGACUGCACCGUUAUGAAAUGGAAGGUCGACCUAAAUGCCUUGGAUGCUGCUGUUUUCCUGGGUGGGGAGGACCUCGUCCCAUUCUACAACCUCCUGGAUGGUGGCAGAGAAGGCGAAUCCUUCAGGGAGCUGGAAGACUAUUUUUACUACGCACAGCUGUGCAGCCACGGUGUGGAUACACAGGAGAGCAGACAGGUGUCAACACAUAUUCCCUUGGAGGAAAUUCCCUCUGUAAUGAGAGCAAUGGGAUUUUAUCCUUCAGAGAAAGAGAUUGAAGAAAUGAUAAAUGAAGUAAAGCUCAGCAAGUGCAUGGAUACUGGAGAACAAGUGACACAAAUCAAUUUAGAGGAGUUUAUCAAACUGUAUAUAAAUCAUCACCCUGCAUUUGGUUUGUCAAUGAAAACCAUACAACAAGCGUUUCGGGUUCUUGGCUAUGAUAAUGAGAAGGGAGACAAAGUUAUUGACAGAGGAGACUUACUGUUGCUGCUUCAGUGCAGAGGAGAGCGGAUGACGGAGCAUGAGCUGGCACAGUGUCUGACCACCCUGCUGGGCAGCAGACCUGGGGGAGAAGGAUCUGAACUGGACACCUACGAUCCCUCAGGUGCAGCAGCUUUGACUGGAGAAGAAAUUCCAGCAGAAAUCACAGCAGAGAUAU